AUCCGCGUACUAAUCGCCAUAUUGGAUAUUGCUAUAAAUACCAAAGUAAUUUCCAUGCCCAAAAUAGCACAACUUGCGGAUUUUUGCAGUGGAGGAUCCUACUGAAACCCCGGUGAAUCUAGCGCCCUAGUCGAAAAGUUGACGUGGACUUAGGAGAAAACCUGAUCUACAAGAGAGCUGCAGUGUUCAUCAGUUUAUACAGAUCAAUCAGCCAUGGGAAGGAAAAAGAUUUCUAUCCAGAGAAUUAAUGAUGAAAGGAACAGACAGGUGACGUUCACAAAGAGAAAAUUUGGUUUGAUGAAGAAGGCAUAUGAAUUGAGUGUACUGUGUGACUGUGAGAUAGCUCUCAUCAUAUUCACAUCAAACAACAAACUGUACCAGUAUGCCAGCUCUGACAUGGACAAGGUCCUUCUGAAGUACACAGAGUACAAUGACACAGUGGUCAGUCAGACCAACAAAGACAUUGUCGAAAUGUUGAACAAGAAGGAUUCAAAAGGUGAAGGAGAUGAUGGAGAUGAAGAUGAUUUCAACCUGACGCCACGUACAGAAGAGUCCUAUAAACGUAUCGACCAGGAGUAUGCUCGUGUUAUGCAGCAGGGUACACCCGGCCAUAUGUCCCAGGUGCCACAGAUGCCUGUGUCUGUACCAGUACGUUCGACUGGAGGUGUAUCCAACGUGUUCACCCCACAAAGUAUACCUGUACCCAACCAGCAACCAACCACAGGUACCGUUGUCCUCCUACAGCCUCCAGCAGCUCACAAUGUCUCUCCAAGUCCCCCAGCUAAUAAGAUGAGUGGAGCACCGGCCACUGUGAGUCGAGUAUCUCCUGCACCCACAACCAGCACUGUCAUGACACAACCAAGUAAGGAUGAAGGAAAGGGCAGACCAGCCCUCCGUGUACUGAUACCUACCAAACCAGGCGAGGUGUCGACUAAGAAUCCUCUGACCACCCUAGAUACACCUGUUGUUAGUAAUGCUACACCUGGAGGGAACCAACCACAGUCCAUACCGUCCUUCUGUCUGCCCUCCGGCUUGUUACCCAGUGAUUUACAGAUAGACAGUGCAGACCUGGCCAAGUUACUAGGCGGUAUGAGUGGAUCAGCCGGCCCACUCACUGCAGCAGUACAGGCCUCGGGCAUAUCCUUUUCACCGGGUAGUCUAACUACCUCUGGAAUGUCUGGUAUACACAAUUUACUGAUCCCGGCAUCACAGGCGCAGGCCCUCAGGAUCAGCCUCGCAGGACACAACGUAAAGUCGGAACCACCAGCCUCGCCUAACGAAGACCAGGAGCGAACCAAGCCACCAUCAGCACAUAUGUCCCGUGACAGCUCUGAUGAACCACCAGAAAAAAUGCCCAGAAUGUCUAAUGAUCGAUGACCCCCUCCAUUUUAGAUUUGUUUAUUUCUGUAGAUAUUCAUACAUCAUACUUCAAUGUAAAUAGCUCAUUAACACAUCAGUCAUGUGAUGUGGAGGAAUCCUGGCAUAUUUUAAAUAUAGACACUUGAAAACGCAAAUCCAUUUGUUAAGGAUGUUCGCUCAUCAUGUUCAGCUAUAGUUUACCUCCUGAGUCAGGUAUUAUACAGGAAGCAUAUUGUGAUAGAAAGAAUCACUGUGGUUUGUUCAUUAUUUCAUAAAAAAAAAAGGAUCUAUUAGUUUUUGUUGAAGUUUUGUAGAAUAACAUAUCAUUAUGAAGAAUUCUGCAGAUUGAAUUUAAAAAAGCAAGGUGUUCGUUAAAAAGGCUUUUUGAAUAAUUUCUUGUCUUUUAAUGAUCAAAUUGACAUAUACAUUUAGGACACUUCCGAUAAUAAUUAAUUCAGGUCAUGAACGUUAAGUUUGAAAAUGGUGACCGAUCAUGCGUAAUAUAAACAAAAUAUUUGUAAAUAGUAACUUGUAGUGAUAUAAUUUAGUUUUGUACAGAGUUUUCUUCUGUACAUAAAUUGCAUAUCAGCCCUGUGGUAUCUCCGUGUGUGUAGGUGUUGAAAAGAUAGUGCUACUUGUCUGGAAAGACUGACAUUAAUGGGACACUACCAGGCUACCUCCCCAAACCAUGUUUUAUAUAUUAACGGUCUUGAAAUUCACUAGUUAGGAUAAUUAUACAAAUUACCGGUACUUGUGUAAAAUGAUAUUUUGAGAGUACUGAAGGGAUUUUUUUUUGUGAAAUGUUAAACCCCAGUACUUAUAAUGUACAGAUAAAUGGUUAAAGUAUUGAAUUCAGAAAUGUUAAACCCCAGUACUUAUAAUGUACAGAUAAAAAGGGAUGUGGUCUGGUAGUGUUCCAAUAGAUGUGCCUCACUACUAGGUAGUUUUAUGUAGUUUUAUUAAACAUUUCAACUUUUGUUGUUAAGACAUAAUAUUUAAAUGCAAUACAUUAUAUUGUGACUUAUGUUUCACCCUCAGUAAUCAGAGAGCUGUAAAAGUUGUUAUUUCAAUGGUUCACAUUUCUACUGUUUUACCCAAGGUUUUUUAGCACAAAAGAUGUGAUUUCCUCAGAAGUAGUGAAAUGGACCUUACUUUUCUCUACUCGGUUUAUUUCCAUGGUAACUACUUUCUACCAUUAAGAAAUAGAACCUGUUGAAAUAUCAGCGUUUACAGUCCAUUACCCCAUAGACUAACAAAGGUAGUUCCUUCUAUACCAAAUGUGCCAUUUUGAAUCUUUUAUGCACCAAACAGAAUGGAAUACAUUAUGUACUAAUCUGUAGAAUGUAUGAACCAAAAAUAAUUGUUGUUGAUAAAUUCUUGUGUUUUAAUCAAAUCAUGUUGGUUCCUCUUAUAACUUACUUGGCAGUGUUAUAAAAACUUUAUCCUAGCCAAUUCACAUCUUUACCAAACUUCUACAGUAACUGUAAAUAAAGCCCCUGGGACAAUUUUCUUUAUUUAACCACCUCUGAAACACAAAAGAUAUAUCUGGGCAAAAAACAUGUUCAAUUAUCUAACGUUCAUCGUCCCUUUGUUUCAAUAGGUUGAUCGGCAGUUAUAUUGAAAAAUCAUGGAUUUAAUGAUGUGUAUGUUUUGAUAUCUCUUUUUUUCCUGAAUUCGUGGAAAGACAUUUAAAGUUUUUAUAGCUAGGCCUAGAGCAGAAAGUGAACAUAUUCACAGGCACACUGCUAUACUUGUAGUGUGUGUAGUUCAUUGAUAUUGACAAACUUCUAUUGAACUUCCUGGUCACUUCAUGCUUACAUUUUUCACUUGUUAAAUUAUAAUAAUAAUAAAUAAUCUUACCAUACACAAGUACAAUUUGAGGUUGAAAAACGUCUUCUAUCUGUACAUAUUUAUGUAUAAAUUUUUUUUGUUCAAUACUUAUGUCCCGAAAUCAUUGUAUGAAAAUGGAACUGGAAGGCAAGGUUUGAAACAUAUUUCUUGAUUUCAAAUAUCUCACAAAAAUCAGUUGUUGAAACAUAAGUACGUUUUGGUUUGGUUUCCUGAUUAGAGGCUGCUGUGGCCAAGUGGUUAAGGUGUAUGGACACUUUAUAACUAGCCCUCCCCCUCUGGGUCGUAACUUCUAAACCCAUUUGGGGCAGUUGCCUCGAACUGACUGUAAGCCUUUGUUUUUUCUCAGGUUACUUUCCUCCACCUUAAUGAUCCCAGCUGUUUAUAGGAUGUUAAACAAAAUAAACCAAACCAGAAUUUUCUGAUAAGUCGGGCAACACAAGAUAUAUAUAUAUAUACAAAAGUAGAAAAAAAAAAAACAACUUUGUCCUGAAAUCCUCAUAGAAGUUUUUCUGGUUGUGUUUUUUAAUGGAUUUCAUGAAAACAGAAAAUGGUGAUACAGACUCCCCUUUAAUGAGAACUGACAUAUGACAUUUGAUAUUUUGACAAUUCAGUAAUCGAUAUGGAAAACAAUAAACGUCUGGGUGUACGUUGUUCAGUGUUUUUGAGUGAAAGGUUGUAAUAUUUAUCUACUCCAUAUGUAAUUCCCUAAGUUCCUACUGUUGGUACUGAUUGUAUUGUCCCAAUGUUUUUAACACUCACUCCAAUGUAUAAAGGUGUUUUCACCUGUUAUAUGUUUGUGUAGACAAUCGUCAAGGUUACGUUGACUUUUCAUAUGUAAAUGUACAUAAACAAAAUCAUGUUUUUAUUUUUAGAUAUUGAUAAAGUUUAUGUUCUUGCAGAAUGACUUUGUGCAACUUUUCACAAGUAUGAUAAACCAUGCAAUUAACAUCAGAAGUAUUCUUCCACAUUUUAAAUGUGGUUAUGUAGAGACAAUUUAGAAUUGUCUAGGUUUACACUUGGGGAUUAAAUGAAAUAUCAGACUUCCUCCUGGCCAUUUUAAUGAACGCACAUGAUAGAUACUUGUUAGAAGUGUCUGGUUCCUCUUUGUUCAAUAUGGAUACACCGUUUUGGAUAAAAGGAUUUAAGAUCAAUUUAGGCCUAUUCUGGCUUUGCCAUCGAGUGAUGUCGGUAAAUGUAUGGAGGUUUCUCCCUGGGUAUUUUUAUCAACAGCCUGGUACCUUUUUGUUGACCAUGGAUACGGUGUUACGUGUAUAGUGAAUUAAGGCCAAUUCUGGCCUUUGUUUUGGUUCGUCGUUGAGUAAGAUUCUGUGGGUUUGAAGUAAUAUGUAAACAAUUGUAUCAGUAAAUGCAUGGAGUGCCUUGGUAUCUCAUUCUGACAUUUAGAGACCAGUUUGUAUGUUAAUAACAUUUUUUGUACACCAGGGCCCAGUUGUUCAAAAGUUGAUUAGCUUAAUCACUUGAUCAGUGAAAAUUCUAUUUCGCCUUUACUUCAGAACCUCGGUGUGUAUGUUUCUUAAAAUAGGCAAAUAGGAAGAAACUGAGGUGUGUUAUAGUUUCACAAAAUUUUGUGAUGUUAGUUGUACCAGAAAUUAUUUUAUCACAAUUUUAAGAUUGUUGUUAAAUCGUGAUUAGCUUAAUCACCUUUUGAACAACUGGGCCCUGGUGUCAUUUUCUUAUUUAGCUUUCAUGAUACGAGUGUUAAGUCAAAACUUGUGUGAGAUUAUAGCAAUAUUAUACAGGUAGACAUUGCAAACUUAUUUCGGUUUAGACUGUUUUAAUAAAAUAUUGUAAUACCAGUAAUCCAAGAUAUUAUUUAUAUAUAUGUGUGACAAUUUGUCCAAUCUCUAGUAUUUUCCAAACAAUCAAAAUUUAGAAUUGAGUUUAUUUUCUGUUGAUUACCUAAAUACUCUUUAGAGCAUAUCUGAUUGUCUUCGAUUGGCGUUUUGUUUUAAAACUGUAUUUUACAGAAAUGUGCAAAACUAAUGAAAGGAACAAUUAUAGAUUUUAGAAAUGAACUUGUCUGUUAAAUUUUAUAUUCCCAUUGUUUGCAGGUUAUUUUAAAUGUUCAGAUGCAAAGAUAACCAAAGAAUUGGACAGAUUAUUUAUGAUAUUUAAACCAUGAAAAUUAAAUUAUCUGCAUGAAAUUUUCUUCAAUUAUGAUUGAUCUCACAUAAAAUCAAGAUAUUAUUGUAGUUUUUGGUCAUAUGGAUUUAUAAUCUCAUUUUGUUAAGACAUACUCUUUUAUCGGGUCAUUAGAUUGGGGCCACACAAGGGAUACAAGUUGUUUGUGUAUAUGUACAUUAAUGAUUAUGUACAUUUGUUUGUGUAAUAAACCUUUGAUGGGCCUCAAUACUGGUUUUGAAGCAAGACUAUCAAUCAUGUUAGAUUUUAAUUGUAUGAUCAAUAACCACUAAGAAUUAGUCUUAUGGGUAUAUCUUCCUGUGUUAAUACUGGCGAGAUAUUUCACUUAAUAUCCAUUGAUCUGACUGACAACCAUUGGUGUCAGUAGUUGUUUAGCCAUAUUUUGUACCCUUGUGUUACUGAUGACUGGUACUAUGUACUGUUAGAAUCAUUUUGUACUCGCACUCGAGUAAUGUAUUAUACUAUUAAAAUUGGUAUUUUUCUUCAUGACACAGUUUUCCAGAAAAUAAAUGAGGUAAAUCCAAUGUAAA